GCGCCGUCGUCAUUGCGUGUCGUAUCGCGUUGCUGCUGCCGCGCCGCACAGCGCCGUGUUGAUAAUUUGUGAAGUAGACAAGGAUGUAUGUAUAUGUAUGUCUCGUCUUUCAGUUGACUUUCAUCGUCGUUUUGUAGCGAACGUUUCGCACGGGUAUCGAUAGGAAAUUACAAUUAUACAACACUUUAUUAGCUGCGUAAUAAAGUGGUUGCAAGUUUUAAUUAUUUAAUAUUGCAAAUCAACAUUCAGUGACAUUAAAUAACUAAAAACUACUAAAAUUGCGUUCAAUCAGAAAUCUGCUCGGAUCACAGCGUCGCGGCAAGCGUGGCGCAAUGCAGUGUGUAUUUGGAUGCAGAUAUAAAUUGUGUAUCAAGUUUAUUUAUGGAGGUUUUCGUUGUGAUAACUGUGGUAGUGUAAGUUUUUGGAGAUAAACCAUGUUGCCCAUGGUGCAGGCGGAACCUGUGCUCUUCAACUGCGCGGGUCACUCUGCCGAUGGAGCCUCACCGACGGCCACUCUACCUCCCUCGCUUACACCGGAUUCUGAGGUUGAGGGACUCGCAGAUUUUUUUUAUGAUAUAGAUGUGGCUGUCGUUAAUACGUUUUCAAGAAUUGAGUCCUGUGACCUCCAACUGGGAGACACAUGGAGGGGGAUGCAGGGCAAGAUGAGCGUGACCACGCCGGGUAAGAAGAUAAGAAAAAAGUCAUCAGACAAUAAGUCACAAUCUCAACAAAAUAAGUGUGACAACGAGAAGCGACGUCGAGAGUUGGAAAACGAAGUAAUAAAUCAACUAGAGGAACUUCUGGGGACUUGUCUUGCUGAAGUAAAGCAACCAGACAAAAACGGCAUCGUCCAGAAAGCAACUAGGCAGAUUGAGGACGUAUUGCAGCGGCGCCGGAACUGCCCUGGAGACUGCCCCCAGCGUAUCGUUCAGAGCUUGUCACCUGUACAAGCCGGUGAAGUUAGUUCCACCCAGCAACAACCGCCCCCUAGUGGUUUUCAGUAUUCCGAGCUGAGCACUCUAAUCGAGGCGAUAAAGCAUUAUACCGGAGUCCUGGGUUUAAUAUUAAUGGAAAUUAACUCGAAAGGCGAAAUUGAGUGUGUGACUGAAAAUAUAAAAGACCUCGUUCUUGCGGAAAGGACUGAGUUAUAUAAGAAAUCAAUAUUCUCGCUUUUGCAUGCUGACGAUCAUGCAAAACUAAAACCAUUGCUGAGAAAUAUCCAAAACUUUUCCUGGGGAUCGGGCGAUUCCGAUAAAUUCCAAUAUAUCCAUGCCCGCCUGCUUUUAAAAGAUUCAAAUGUUGCCGAUGGUUCCAGGUUUGUGGAUACUGUGAUCCACGCUGCGCCAGUACGCAGCUCGUCCACGGAGGAGGCCGGCUCCGUCAUGUGCGUCAUUCGGCGCUGUGAGUCGGCCGCUAUCUCCAACGACGGCGGACCCACCAUCGUUUUCAGAUUGGAUUGUAACUUUAAUAUCUUAUCUUGUGAUUUGUCUGGAGUGGAAAACUGUAUAAAUUCUCCUAUUUCUCUUGUGGGAGUUCGUUACUUAGAUCUCGUUGAAAGUAGUGAUCGUGCACGUGUAUCGACACAUCUUCAGGAAGUAGUAGGUAGGGCCGGAUUGCUCGUGGUGAGCGAACCCUACCGAUUACGUAUCGGGACCGACGGUCCUCGUAUCCGAGUAAGCGCACAGGCUAGACUCUUUCCGACAGUCGGCGAGCCAGACUUCAUAAUGUCUACGAAUACCGUACUCGGCGAUGAGGACGUGGAUAUUCACGACGCGGGAACGUCCCGCCCAUCGCUCGGUGGUCCUCUCAUGACUUCAGUCGCCAAUGGUGAGACAUCAUCCUCAGAGCCGCGCUAUCGCUCCCCUAUGAGCCCCGGUGAACAUCAAUUCACCAUCAACGACUUCGACCUCGAAACUUGGCCAUCAUCUUUCCCGAUGGGAGAAAUGUCAGGUGAGGAGGCAAAAGAACGGAAAGAAAGCGGCGAAAAUAAUCCCGCUGCGCAUGCGUCGCCAGUCGAAGCGCCACCACCAGCGGCCGUUCACGAGGAACCAAAUCGCCUUCGUAUUUUGCUUAGCAAGAAGAGCGUACUCAAAGAUUUACUAAACCAAGAAGACGACGAGGCGACGAGCAGCGAGACCUCGGCCCCGCACACCCCGCACACGCCGCACACGCCGCACACCCCGCACACGCCGCACACGCCGCUCACGCCGGCCUCGGCCUUGUCACCGCUGCACUCGGCGCAGGCGCACGCACGACCCCCGCCGCACAUGGGUCAACAUCAGCCGCCGCCUCAUAACACCCACCAGUCAACACAUCAUAACAAUCAACUACGCAAGAUUUUAAAUGACAAGUCUGACGAGGACGGAGAGGAAGGCAGAAGAAAUUCUACAGACAGUUCGCGUGGAUCUUCGCAGUCCAGCGCCUUGCUCUCGCAGCUGCUUUCAAACAAUAAUGGUCCGUCAAGCAACGGACGUUCUCAGGAAAGCGAUAUGUACAUGGACCGAAUAGCCGGCAUGAAGCGAAAGUUUGAAGAGUCCAAAGCCUCUACGAGCACCGCUAAGAGAGCUACGCCUGAGAAUCAACAGGUGUCGUCGAGUGCCACAGGAGCAGGCGGCGGGUCUGGAGCGCCGACAUCCACAGCGUCGUCGAGUGCCAACAGUCCGGCAACCAGCAGUGGCCCCGGCAUGAGCCCGCUCUGUCAGAAGAACCAAAUCCUCGUGUCGCUGUUGGCGCGGCAACAGACCACCCCGCCUACGCCGCUGCCGCUGCCGAACCCCAUCCUGCGGCCCUACCCGGCGCGGGCGCGCGCGCCGCCCACGCUCGGCCACGCGCACCAGCACCAGCACCCCCUCCACAUGGCGCAGGCUCGCCACCCACAUCACACUAUUUCCAAUAUUCUCACCGCUAACAUUCGUGGAAACAAUGUGAACGGAGGCGCGGGCCCGGUGUCGUCGGCAUCGAGUGUGGAUUGCUCCAACAUGCAGGGCAUUCAGACGUCGCAGGGCGGCCCCGUGGGGCAGGCGGGGCAGAGCCACCUGCAGAUGGUGCUGCAGGGCGGCGCUCGCGCCGGCUACCAGCCUGCCCCGCCUCAUUACCCCUAUAACAACCAGGCGCAGAGCGGCGGAGGUAUGAGAGCGCAGAGUGGAACGAGUGGGGACAGCGAGGUACCAAAUGAUAAGACGCUGUCGGAUAUUUUGGACGAGGUGAUAGAAAAUAUGCCAUAUAACGAUCGUUCCGCACCUGACGUCAACGUUCUCAUGGAUAUGGAGAGUAACCGACAAUUACGCUCGGAUUAUGCAGGUGUUAAAGAAAAAAAUGACGUUAUAAAUGCUAUAACGCAAAGUCUUAUGCAAUUCGAAACUGCGACAAAGAGUCCGGUCUCAUCGAGCCCGAGCGUCCAAGCGUCGGCUUAUCCCGCUCAGAGUCAAGGCUCGUGCACGAUGAGCGGCGGCGCGGGCGCGCUGUACGGGCUGGUGGCGCGCAGCGACGCCGACAGCGUGCGCGCGCGCGCCGUGGUGGAGCAGCAGCGCACGCGCCUGCUGCAGAUGCAGCGCUCGCAGCAGAUGCUCGUCUCCCCCGAGGCUGCAGAGCAGCCCCAAGCCGAUCUCGGUUCUACAAUAAAUGCUUUAGUUUCCGCGACGCCGCCUAACGUAGCUCUAAAGCGCACAGACUUCCAUAAUCUAUAUCAUCAUACGAAUCAAAUGGGGCCGAACUACGGCGCCAACAAAAUGCCCUCGUCGCAACAGAAUCCAAUGCUAAGUCGACAACUCGGCGCGGGCGGCGCGGGCGGCGCGGGAAGCGCGGGCGCGUACGCGGCGGCGCUGCACACGCCCGUGGCGCCGCAGCCCUACCUGCGCGCGCCGCGCCCGCACCACGUGGGCGGCUACUAUGAGGAGAGCGAUGUGGGCGUCCGAGCCCUGUGCGGCGAGUUCGCGCGGCGAAUGGCGCAGGGCGCGCACCCCGCGCACCCGCCGCACCCGCCGCACCCGCCGCAUCCGCCGCACCCGCCGCACCCGCCGCACCCGCCACACCCGCCGCACACGCCGCAUGCCUCGCCUCACGAUCAUCCGCUCUCGUGCGUGGGUGGCGUGGGCGGCGUGAGCGGAGGAGGCGGCGUGGGCGGCGUGGGCGGCGUGGGCGGAGCGGCGGGCGGCGGCACGUCGGAGUACGUGCGCAACGAGCUGCGCGCCGUGGUGGGCGCGCGCUCGGCCCGCCCCGACCUGCACGCGCUGCACGCGCCCGAGCUCGACCCGCUGCUCACGUUCGACAUGCCCGCUCCUGGUGGCGGUGGUGUGGUGGGGGGUCGAGCGUCAUCGGCGUCGGCAAACUCGUGGGAGUCGCAACAGAGCAUACCGAGUACUACGGAGGGCUCGGCGGAGGCGGCGGCGGGCGGUGAUGAGGCGCAGACGGGCUCGGCUAAGGCGUCGCUGCUGCAGAAGCUGCUGUCCCAGUGACGCGCGGGCGCUCGUCGGGCCUCUGCCCACUUUGCAUUUAUACUUCGCGACGCCUAGACUGCGAGCUCUCGCGCCGAGCGGGGAGCGUCUCCGUGUGGAUAGUAUAUAGUCUAGUAGUGCUAGUGAUAUUUUCGAGUAAUGGAGAUCGACGGUCGAUCGUAUGUAUCCUUAAGUUCUAUGAGAACUCCGUUUAUUGUAAGUCAUAGAUUUAUGUGUCUAUGUAUAGUUGUUGAUGAGGUUCGACGAAGAAUACGACGGUAGCUUCCCGUUGAGGAGUAAAAUUUUGUGAUUCGCAAUAUGAUUGACUCGUACGCCUAGUUUACAUUCAUUAAUAUACAAUAGUGACAUACCGCGUGCAAUAUUGUAUAGAAAUAUUAAACACAUUUUUUUGGCGUUGUGAACGUUAUGUAUUAUAGUGUGAAAGUCAGAUGUUACCUGUUAUGACAAAGUUAAGUUGUACUGUAGUAUUCGAAGAAGCGUAUGAGAUUUGCUCGUGUUCUAUACUCGCCGGAAGCUGAACGAUGCGUGUCUGCAGAGGGCGGAGGUUCACUUGACGUAACGUUGAACAAAAGUCACUUUCGGGGAGUAUAGAAAUGAGUGAACACAUGGGUGUAAAUAACGUGUUGUUAAAUUAUAGCAAUUGCUUUAGUGUAAAUAUUUUGUUAAUCUACCUUUGUGUUUCUGAUAUGGUAUCAUAAUUUUCUUUUAAUAUUAAUAAUCAUUUAUUGAUUUAUUAAAAUUGUUUAUACUAUACUUUAAUUAUACAAAACAUUUGUUAUUUUCUUUUUUUGCCUGCGUGCUCAUUAUCACAGUUCUAAUAAUUCCAUUAUGCUAUUUUUAAGUAUAUAAUUUUUUCAACAACAAUAUCUGGCGAAAGUAUGAAUUCUUUACGAUUAUCGCUCUGGCGAUUUAUCGUAUUCCUACCUUUUGUAGACGUUAAUAUAACAUGAAGUUUUCCCCUCUAUUAUUUAUUAUCAAAUUUCAUUAUUUUGCUACAAAAAAUUAUGAUUUUUGAAAUGAGCAUAUCUCUUUACAUAGCAUUUUAUUGCGUUAUGAUAUUUAAAUAUGCCAAAUGAAAUACUCAAUUUUGUUCGGUGUGAUUUCAAGAACGAAGAUUCAAGUUUAUUAAUUUUCUUUAAAAAAAAUGACAUCUGGUUUGAAUGGAACAAAAAAAGCCAUAAUUUCUUUUUUAAUAGUUCAUAUUUACUCACAAAUAAGAAUUAUAUGCUUCUGUAAAUUAGUAAUUUGUUAAAUAUUUUUUUUUAAAUUAAAAGUUAAUGAUUUAUAAGAAUGUUACGUUCAUUUAAUUCAUGAAGUUCGAAAAUAAUAAGGUGUCAUUUUAUAGCAGCUACAUUGAGAAUGAUUGAUUACGAUUAAAAAUAUGGCUUUAAUCUAAUAUCUUCUUGUGAGUAAGUAUGAAAAAAGUAUAUGCUCAGAAAACAUCAAAAGAUGCACAAAACAUUAUAUUCCGCUAUCAUGUUUUCUUCAAAUUAGGCAUUUCAAAACGUAGCCUUGUAUAUAAAAACGUCAUGUUUAAAAAAAAAAAAACCGAAGCUUUAUUUUCUACCCUUGUCGCGAGUCGACAUUUUUAUUUUGAUUUAUAAACAGAUGUAGGAUUUUUUAAAUCGUGUCGAUUUUUCGUUUGCAUGUUAAUCACAAACAUAUUGAUAUUCAUGGUUUCCGUUUUACGAUACCAGUAUACUACAUAAAUGCGUCUUGAGCAGCUAUUCGGUAUUUAUAAAUCUUCCUAAGUGACGAUUCAAACGUUCUUGUAAGUUGUAAAUGUAAAAAUUACGCAAUGAUUUUUGGCUUUACGUAGAUUCAAGUGUACCAUAAUUUUUUGCAAUACUAGAAUGAUUCAUCGUUUAGUGUUAUCUUGUAUUUCACCGGAUUGAAUGGAAUCAUGUUAAUGUCAAAUUGUAGUCUGUGGUCUCGUUAAUCUUUUGUGAAAAUUGUGUCUAACAUCGAUGUUUGUCGUCAUUAGUAAAUAUAGCUUCAUAAAAUUUUGUGCACUCAAUUAUUCGUAAUAAUUAACGUAAUUUACGACUGUCGUUCGAAAAAUUAUAUGUACGAAAUUUACCUCAAGAUUAAUUAAGAAACAAUUUUAAACUAUUGAAAAAGUAUUAUAUUUAAUGUCUGAAAUUACGAAAAAUUUGGAAAUUUACUAAAAUUAAAUCGCACAAUUUAAUAUCUACUUCGUGUAAAAUUAAACUAAGUAUAAAAUAAGAUUCUGAAUGAGCGAUGUGCGAUUUGUGAUCAGAGAACGUUAACAAUUUAUCGAUGUAUUUUUAUUUCUUCAAAAUCAUUUUCUCGGUCGGGACCACAACUCGAACUCCAAUGUUAAAUAUUUUAGUUACGUCGCCUUUAACCAUACGACGAUCACGUUCAAAUAUAAAAAUUGCUGUAACAGAUUAUACCAGUUAAAUCUGUGGUCACAAUUCAUUCGGAAAUAUAAGUAUCUUUUGAAAAAUUGUCUGUUUUGUAUAUUUUCUAAAAGUUAUUGCUAAAUAAAUUAUUAAGUAGGUCUAAACACAUAUUGACCAGGGAAUUUUAAUUAUGACUCACGAGGCUUUUUAAACUUGUAUAAUUUGUUUUAUAGCAAUUAUGUAUAAGAUGCUUGGUACUUAACUGACUUAAUAUUUCACUCCUGUUUAAAGCCUAAAAGCGCAUGAUUGCUAAGGAAAGGUCUUCUAUUCGGAAGAUUUUUAUCGACAUAUUUACACUCAAAGUUUUAUAUAUUAUAAAAUCGUAUUGGCCCAAAGUAUAACAUUUCCGGUACUCUUAGAAAACGAAAGUCGUAUCUACAUCAACCAUAGAUAUAUUGAGUAAAAGUAACUUAAAAAUAUUGUGAUGUUAUAUAAACUUACCUAAACGAGAACGUACAAAUAAUAGUAGCGAGUAUCCAUAAAGUUAUUCUUAACGAGGUAAAACCGUGUAAGAAUUAUAAUAAUAUUUUUAUACCCUAAAAUGCAUAAUUAAUGUUUAGAAUACUGACCAAUUCCGUUUAAUGAAUUCAUCAAAACUUAAAUCGUCUUUGGUAUCAUGAUUAAUAGUGAGAUAAAGCUUUACAAUAUCCGAAAAAUGUAGCAAUAUAACAUUAAAUUUCAUUCCAUUUAGUUCGAUACGGGGAGACGAUCCACGUGAUGGUAUCCGAUUAGUAAUACCGAUUCCAUAAAGUACAAGUGAUGGCCUUGUUAGGUACACGACGACGUUAAACAAAAUAGUUGAGAAUUAGUCAAGUCUACGUAACUUAUUGAAAAUAUUGGAAGCAUAUUUAUUCGAUUGUUAAAAGAGCAUUUAAUGCCGUCACAUAGUUUUUGACGUCUCGAUGCGGACAAAAUGUACCCAAAAGGCUAUAUUUUUUACAGAUUUAUAUAGUAUAAAAGAUAUGAAGACUCGUAUUCAAUUCAAUAACACGUCCAUUGCACGAGUUGAAGAAAUUGGUUAUCCGAAAAUGAAUAUAGUUAACAAGCUGUAACAAUGCAUGCGUGCCUGAUAUUAAAGAUAAUAUAAGAUAUUUUUCAAUACCAUCUUUACGAAGAGACUAUGUAAUUAUACAUGUAAUAUAAAUAACGAUUAAUGAAUAGAUUAAACGAUACACGACUUUUGUACUUUUGUUGAAGUGAUUCGUUGCUGUCGAAAUUUUUAAUAAAAACAUUUUAUUAUUUACAUCGAAUUCCGGAGAGAUUCGUUAUUGAUAAAGUUAAUCUAGAUGUAUCUAUAUUUAUAUAUAAAUGCAACAAUGCUGAAGAAUAAAUUAAUAUAGUUCAAUAAAUCCAUAGUUAUUAUUUUGUAAUAAUGUUACAGGCGUAAAGGUUAUAUUGUAAGAGUUUGUGACAUUUAAAAUUGCCUAUAAACUUUAAAAUAUUGGUGAAUUGUCUUCCAAAACAAAACCAAGGAUGCUAUUGUCUAUGUUACUGUCAAGCGUAGGCGCUAGUUACAAAGAAACUACACCUCCACUUCCUUUAAAAAUCGUAACGCUAAAUUACGACGUACAUUGAAGUAAUUCGAUGAGUUAUUAGAAAAAUAAGAAUGGAUUGCAUCGAAUGUUUGCUAAGAUGUAUUACAGCUUAUUUGAUAAUUUUGUGAAGUACACUUUUGUAUAACUAACGGCUACGCUAAGUAAAGAUUAGUCCUAAUUUUUCUUUUGUUUUGUAAACCUUACCAAGCAACAUAUUUUUUUGUAGAAAAAAAAAACGUAGAACUAGAAAUUUAUACCAUCACCAUUGAUUUUAUCUUUUGUAGU